AUGCUCGUUAAGAAGUUUGGAGUGAAAGCUCAACUAAAGUUACAGAUUGCAAAGGUAUUGCUGAUUGGUGUGGGUGGACUUGGAUCACCUGCUGCAAUGUACUUGGCUGCUAUGGGUGUGGAUACGUUGGCGAUAGUUGAUGAUGACCAUGUCGAUCGAAUGUAUCCAAUGCCCGCUGCAAACGCGUUGAAACUUGUUGGAGAGUACGAUGUCGUCGUAGACGCUUCGGACAAUGUUGACACGCGCUAUCUUGUAAAUGAUGCAUGUGCUCGUUCACAGAACGGUGUGCUUGGCGCCGUGCCUGGUGUGAUUGGAUGUCUUCAGGCUAUGGAGACCGUUAAGAUUAUUUGUAAUGUUGGCGAACCUCUUGUUGAAGAGAAGCCUGGACUGUCCGUCCUGUGGAAGCAUGUUGCUAGUUCUGAGAACCACGAGAUGGUACCUAUUGAAAUAUCGCCGCUUGUUGAAGGCAAUUGCACGAAUGGUGGAGAGAUCAUCGACGAUCUGGACCCUGUGUUCAGCAUUAGUGCUGAAGAAUUUGCAAAGGUGCGCAAGGCAAAACAAGAAGAGCGAGAUAGCUAUCUUUUGCUGGAUACUCGUGGACGCAUCCAGUUUGAAAUGGUGCACUUUCCUGAGGCAGUAAACAUUCCAACUGAUGAGCUCAUGAGGCAGGAUCCUGCUCAUGUAUAG